GGCCAUAACGACUUUUGCAUUUACUUCAUUGCCUUUUUUUACUUCUAUUGAUUUCUGCAUUUGCUACUUAAUAGAUAAAGACGUUACACUUGAUUACCUGCUUCCUUUUUUUCUAACAAGGUUAUUACCAACAUAAACAACAUUACACCAGAUCACAAAAUCGUCAUGCGUUCCUGGAUCACCACUGCAACAGCCAUCCUUGGCUUCUCUUCAACUUUAGCAAUAGCAGCUCCCGCCGUGCCGAGAUCUGUCAAUUUCAGUCCAUUGCCACUGCGUAAUGGCUUCCCGAAUCCCAACCAGACUGAAACCAAGCAGAUUCAGAAGCAGGCCUUCGGAACGUUGCCCAACGGUGCAGUGCCAUCAAACAUCAGCGCGGAAGGACUGAAUAACCUGCGUGUCAUUGCUUUAAAUGAGCUCUUCGAAGUAGCUUUCUUCACUCAGUUGCUGUUCAACGUGACACAUGAUGUGCCCGGGUAUACCGUCAAGGACAAGGAUUCAAAGGCAUUUUUAGUGCAGACUCUCACGGCUGUGCAAGCUCAAGAAGAGCUUCAUGCACUCAACGCCAAUGGAGUAUUGAAACACUUUGGCGCAGCCCCCAUCCAGCCUUGUCGAUACAACUUCCCUGUUUCGGAUCUUCAAUCUGCUCUCACGCUCGCUGGAACAUUCACCUCCGUUGUUCUCGGUACUCUGCAAGACGUGAUCCAGAUCUUCGCACAGAAUGGUGACGCACCUCUCACAACUGGCAUUGCCUCAGUCAUUGGACAGGAAGGCGAACAAGAAGGCUGGUAUCGUCUCCUGCAGGGCAAGAUCCCGAAUGAACUCCCCUUCUUAACCGCAAGCACCCGCGACUUCGCUGUCAAUGCGCUUAAUCAAACCUUCUUCGUUCCUGGAUCGUGCCCGAAUCUGCAAACCAUCAAGACCAAGACUUUCGAGCCGCUCACGCUACUUGAUACUCCCAAGGCGAAGACGGAGUCUAUUCGCUUCAGUUUUCAGAAUUCGACAUCUGUAUCGGCUAAGGACCUUAGACUUGUUUACAUCAAUCAGCAGAACAACCCCAUCGUGAAGAACUUCAAGGUCGUUGAGAAGGAAGAAAAUACUGUCACGAUCGAGGCUACGUUCCCAUACGACGCGUAUCUCUUGAAUGGGUUGACUAUCGCAGUUCUAGCGGAUGCGAACAAGUCUCUGAACAGCUUGCAGAAUGUCUCUGAUGCGACAAAGUUCGGACCUGCGUUGAUCAUUGUAAAUUGAAUUCACAAUUUAGAGGGAUGAUAGUUGAGAGUGUGGAGUGGAUAUGAGACGGCAAUUCGACGGGAAGCUUUUAUGUCCAGUAUAUCGGGGUUCUUCUAUUUCUGAUUUUGGGUCUU